AUGGCGCGCCGACAUGCCUCACCCGCGCCUGAGAGCCAGCAAAUGCUUUCACUCAGUCGUCUUCUCGAGAAGCCGAAGAAAGAUGACACGCAGAUGAAGGAAUUCCUCGCCACGAUAAAUGCCGAUCAGAAGAAGUACAACGCACUACUAGCACAGCGAAAGCUCCAAUCCGAGAAGGAACAAGAGCGCCGUCGCGAAGAACUCACCUCCACCCUCUUCGAAGCCCUGCAAACCCCCAACCGACCAGCCAAGGGCAACCCCGAAACCUUCGCGAGCACUCAAAUCGCAGGCAACGCAGUCUACACCUCCGUCACCAGCGUCCUACGCGCAUCCGAGGCCCUCGUCAACGAAUACCAGAGACUAGACGGCAUGAUUGCGCAACUACGAGAAGAGCAGCCCGACACUAUUGCAGACGCAUGGAAGCAGGACAUCGAGGACACGGACAAGCAGCUCAAGAAGGGCGCUAGAGUUGCGCUGAGGAAUGUCAAGAAGGUGCUGGGGGCUGAUGUGGAGGACUCUAUGAUGACGGACGAAGAUGGCGAUGUGGAUAUGGAACGAGGCGAGAAGGUUGAGCUGAACUAUGGGCUGCAGAAGAGUCUGAGGUAUGCGGAGAGGGGCGUUAAGAGGAUGGUCAAGGGAUUGCCGAUGGGUGAUGGCUGCUAG